AUGUACUUUUUUCCAACUCCAAGAGAAGAAGAUGAAGGCCAGAGGAGCAUGUCAUUCAACUCCCUACCCUACCUGCCCUGCCAAGCCUGUCACCCAUGGUCCGUGCACCUGCCUUCAACAGCGGCGGACCCUACAGGUUCAGGGAUCCUGCUAUUGUGCUGGGGGGCGGGGGGGGGCGGGUUGUCUCUCGACCGAGGCUCCAUUUUCAAUUGCAAGUUCAUGAUUUCUCCCCCUCCUCCCAGAUAUUGGACCGAUUUCGUG